AGUGGCAAUAAUACGGACCAAUCGAAGAACAACGAUGACGAGCAAAUGAUCGCUCGUUUUGCUCAACAAAUCGCUGAAGGCUUUGAAGAUGUUUACGGAUCACAUUUUCAUUGUUUUUUAACAGGUGCGGAUAUUGGAUAUCAUAUCCGCUACGAUCCGGACAACAACAUUGUGUUUAAGUGGAAUAAUUGGGUGGUUUGCUUAUUCAAGCAGAAUGCAUCAGAUGAAGAUCCGUUCCAGUCGGUUCAUCCGAUCCGAGAGCGUAGACACUCCGGAAUGCUUGUUCCGUGGGUGCAGCCAAGACGUGAGUUCGUCAUCAAGAACGGAAUGAAUGCUGCAAUGCUAACAGCUGUUAUUGAUAUCGCACGAAAAGCAGUCAAUGAAAAUAAAUCUGUCGAGAAGAUCGCUCACAUUGUGAGGACUACAUUCGAGGCACAACAUCCAGGAGCAUAUCACUGCAUUGUUGCGAAAGAUCACUUUGGUUCUUAUGUUCACUAUGAUGAAAAGCACUAUACACGUUUCGUGAUCGAUAACUAUUGUUUCCUAUUGUUCCGUAGCCAGGACUUGCCAAUUAAAGAUCUCCGAGUUACGCGAUACAUUCCAAUCGGAUGCGCAUCUGCUGAUAUUCGAGUUGUAUCGUCGGGUAUGAGUCGACCAAAGGAACGAUUCGCCAUUGAUCUUGCCGCAGAAGCCAUUCAACGGUUUGUCGGUGACAACAUGCGUGCUGCGAAACACCUUGUUGAAAGAUUCGAAGAACGGCAUGGAUCGCCGUAUCACUGUGCAAUGAGUGAAUCAGAAAUGGGUUUCAGUGUCCAUCAUCAAGCUGCGAUGCAUUUUAAGAUUGGUUCGACGGCUGUCUUGCUCUUCAGAAAUUUAUAA